GCAUAGUCUUUUAACUAAUACCACCAUCCCACACAAUAAACCAAGCUGUUACAAUCCUGCUACCGCCCCACGUCAUAUCCCAAUGCCAGCCCUGGCCCGGUUCUCCUCUACAGUUAUGUGUUAAAACCAGAAAGGGAGAAAGAACAUUUUCAUGCUCCAGGUCCGUAUAUCUGUCUUCAAGGAAAAUUAGGAUGAAUUGCGCCAUUAAUUUGCUGAUGAACAGCGAACUAGCUCCCUCCCUCCCUUAUCGCCGCUAAAGAUCUGUCUGCCACAAGAGUGUGGUCCUGUGUGCCUGCUACAACACUAUCACAGCACUCAAGUGUCAGAUCUGAGCUUCUCAGUUACUUUUCACCAUCAGGAAGAGUCAGACUUGCAGACAGAUUGCGGCUGAGUGGUUUUGCCCUGAUGAUCUUGUAAUGUGAGUGAGUUUUAAGAUGCAAUCUGCUGCCCUGGUUUAACAGCAGACCAGUCAGUGCUGGCCCAGUUAAUUCAAUGUGUUUAUAUUUUACAACUCAGCUCCUGAGAAACUCGGACUCUUUAGGGUGUAAGGGGGCAGAAGGACAAGUGGAGAGUUAGAGUCAGCAAUCAAUAGUGAGAGCUAAGACUAAUUGGCUUUGGAGGACAUUAAUGAAUGACAAGUUGAUUAAUGGGAAUGAUAACUAAGUCAGUUUUGCUGCCUUUGUGUUCUACCUGUUCAGCCUAAACACAUUUAAACUGACAUUUCAUUGUUUCUAGUGUGAAAAUUAUCAUUUAUUCCUUUGUAAAUACAUUCAAAAAUAAAUUCAUGUAAAUUUAUGUAUUCCUACAUUUUUGUAAUGAUGGGUUCAUAUGUAUCCAAUGAUACCUGCUCAUAAACAUACUUUUAUAUUGUACCAGCAAGCUUUCUACUUUCCAGACAUUGAUUAUGGCUCAUCCAAAUGCUCAUCUUUAUAUGUUCUAUCAUAAAAGAUAUCUACGUCUUAUUUCCCCCUGCCUCUUUCUCUCUGAGCAGAAACUCCAUUUUUGCAGCACUUUUUUUUGUAAACUGCUCCAGCUCAUCAAGACUGUAAUUUCAGAAUCACAGUAAUCAGCCAACCCCCAGGAGAUCAGUGAGUGUGAGGGAGUCUGUUAAGUGCCAGCGUCUGUUGCUUCACUCAGGCAGGCUUGUGACAUGGUGCAGCCAUCAGACUGGAUCUCUGCUCUUCCUUUAUGUUACACACUAAGAAGACACAUCAGACCACAAAGUGCAACUGGAGCUCAAUUUGUUGUUCUGCCCAGCUCUGUAAUCUAUUUUGGUGAUGGAGUGUGUGCUUCCCAGUGCACGGCUGUUCCUAGAAGUGUAAUUUCAAUCUGUAUUUUUUUCCUCAUUAUUCUUUCAUAAUGCUUUCCCUUUUCAUCUGCUCUUCAAAGUACUAUGACCAGACACGAUGUUCCAUCAAAAGCCACAGAUCUGUGUUUUAUUUAGAUUAAAUCAUGUUCAUUCAGACUAAAUCAUUUUUAUCAGAGUAUCUCAGUACAGACUCUCAGGUUGCUGCCCCUGCUGCCUUGCUAUCCAGCCCCAGUAGAUCACCUCUGCAUGUCUGCAGGUUGUGCAGCUGUCAUGUUUUGAGGCAUUAGUUCCCUCUGCGCCGCCACGCAGCCAGAACCAGGCAUCAACCCUCGAGAAAGGCUGCCGUAUAGCUACUAGCUGUCCACGGGACUCAUUGUCUCGCCAGCGCCUCGUCAUUUACCCAGCACGGGAAAAAAUAAUCCCACUGUUUAAAUCCAUAAGAGAUGUGCUUGACUGCAUUUAGGUGAAAUUCCUAGACUAGUUGUCACAUGAAAUCUUCAGUCAAUGCUCUCUACACUCUAGUUAUGCUGGAGAGUUUACAUAAUUAGCUUCGAUUUGUAUUCCCAUUCACUUAUCCUUGACCUCUAUCCUUUCCUGCGGGUGAGCCUUUGCAUAGCACAGUCAUUUAAAGUUACGAGCUCGCAGGUUGCUGUCAGAGGCAAGGCCAGAGCAGCUGCUCUAUUUAUCAUCAGGGAGUGACUGCGAACAGACGUGGCUGUGAAAUGGAAAGGCCGUAAGAGGAGCGGAGCAGGUAUGCUGAAAGAGACAGUGGGUCAGGAAGAAAACGGCUCAUCCUCCAGGCAGGAUGACUCAAGUACCAGGAAGUGGCCCUCAGUCCUCAGUUCUUAGAGGCAGAACAAACAGGGACACCACACAAAGGAUGAGAUCCACUCCAUUUCCAACCCCUGCAGAAUUGGAUGCAUAUGCUAAGAAGGUUGCCAACCACCCCCUCACCAUCAAAAUAUUCCCUAACAGCGUCAAGGUCCCCCAGCGAAACCACGUGCGGCGCACAGUGAACGGGCUGGAUACGUCAGGCCAGCGCUACAGCCCUUACCCUUCGUCUCAGGCCAUUGCCAAGACAGGCCUCCUUGCAACCAUCAAGGUGCCUACAGUCAAAGGCGUCCUAAAAGAUUUUGACGGCAGCCGGGCACGCUUACACCCUGAAGUCAUCAUGAACCAUCCCACUGGACCCUACCAAGUGGCUUCGACCAGCACUUUAAAUCACCACCCACCUCUGCCGAACCUUCACCUGACUCAGCAUAACUUAACCCUUCAACAACAGGACCCACCUCAGGCUCUACAGAUGCCCCUUCCUCAGCACCAGGGUCACACCCAGAGCCUCAGACACCCUCCCCCUAUGGCCCAGCACCCUCAGGGCCCACCUAGACUUCAGACUAUGUCUCAGCACCCAGCUCUUUGCCAUCCCCAGGGGCCCCCUACUGUCAUGCUUCAGCAGCAGCACCUUCAGCAGCAGCAGCAGCAGCAGCAGCAGCAACAGCAGCCGCCACUUUGUCUGCAGGGGGGCAGAAAGCCACCAGAUGGCGAUGCACCUCCUAAUGUUACAGUCUCUACCUCAACCAUUCCACUCUCAAUGGCUGCUGGGCUGCACCAGGGCCGCCAGGCCGACCUGAGCACCAUUGUGCAUCAGAUCAACCAGUUCUGCCAAGCUCGAGCCCAAGGUGUAGGAGCAACCUCCAUGUGCGAGGGCCAGAUCGCCAACCCCAGCCCUAUUAGUCGGAACCUGCUUAUCAGCGCCUGCUCCAGGGUCUCGAUGCACAGCAACCCUGGCACCCCUGGCUUCCCCCCACCCAACUGCAUUAUUUGCCCUCAAGAGAACGCCACGGCCCCAAUGGGAGCUCAUCUUCCACCCGGCAUGACUGCUAUGAACCACUUGCCUUCCAGCCACACUGAUCUCAAGCAGCAGCACCAACUGCAGCAUCAUCUGCAUCAACAACAGAAUCAGCAGCAACAACAGAUACAACAUAACACACAGCAGCAGAAGAUGCUCUCUUGGAAUCCGCACCAGAUGGCUCAUAUACCCCACAUUCAAAACGGUGGGACCCACAUCUGCAAGCAGCCUUCCAGGGACCCCACCUUCCAUUUUAAGGGCAUGGGCUACCCCGCAGAGGUGUGUGUGGGUCAGCCUUACACACUGAAGCCUCCUGUAGAGAGGCCCACCCCCUCUCCCCCAGUCAAUAACAACUGCAUGCCUGGUCCCAUGGCUCACUACACUAAUGGUCAUUACUUCCAGUCUCACAUUUGGAACAGCAGCAUCCUUCCCACACCCAACAGUGACAGCUCCGGGUCUCAGGACAUAGCCAUGCCAUUCCAUGGUGCAGGCCCAGGGGGUUGCACCACACUAGACUGUGGGCCCCCUGGGGCUACCCAUUACAGGCUAGGAGCGAGCUCCUCCUCCACCUCUUCCUCUGCCCAGACUACUCUGAUACAAACAGCAGAUUACUUGGGUGGGGACUUCCAGACGCCCUAUUUCCGCGAUCAGAAUCUAGGGUUGAUGGGCAAGAUGCACAGGCCUUCUCUGAGCAGGGUAGGUCCAGAGGUUGGGGAUGGCAGAACCGCUCUCAUCCAGCACCCAGGGUACAGAUAAGCUAUGGCCUUGUCUACACAACAGUUAUCAAACCCCUUUGUUUAGUCUUAAGAAAGGAAACACAAGAAGAAAAUUGAAUUGAUAACUUAAGCAAAUUACCGCUAAUGUUAAAGAGGGUAAAUUAAUAUAUUUAAUGAAGAACAGUAUUUUUUUGUUCUUUUGUUCUUUUUUUAAAAUAAAUCUUGCAAGUGAUCAAUUGCUACUUUUAUUUUUGUUGAUGAGUGCAUUUAUCGAGCACUUUAGGGAACUUUUUCAUGUACGUGUGUGUACAUGUCUGUACUGUGUGUGUGUCAUUCCCUGCUUCCUCCUCUUCUAUCAUACUUGCCUAUUUGUGUGCCUGGAUCUACAGAUCCUGUGUUAUUUCAACUUAAGACCUAUCGAUAAUAUUUUCUUAUGCAUGUAAGAAAAGAAGAAGAAAAACAAAUAGAUGGCCCAUUAAAAAACUCUGGAUGUUUUUACAGGGUCUUGUCAGGAUUAUUUUGUUUUAGACAAGUGACUAAUUUAAAUUUUGGUGUCAAUGCUCAAAUUUCGUAGUAGCUUGAUUGAACACAAUCAUUAGAGAGUAAUGAUCUUGUUUCAAUGCAAAGCUAUCAGACACUGGAGAUAGUAGUACAGCUUGCGUUAUGCACACGUACACAGUGGUUUUAUUCUUUUUAAAUAUAACUAUUUAUUUGUAUAAUGGGACUAUUCAACAUUGAUUCCUUUCUAUCGGUUAAGGCUACAUGUAAUCAAGUUGCAUGUACAUAGUUGUGAUCCAGCAGGGAGCAAAUAUGUUAAAUAGGUGAUGCUCUGUUCUGCUUACAAUGCUGCAAUGAAUUCAGGUGUUUAAAAAAAAAAAGACUUGUUAAUGCCAGGAAGGUUUGGCAACAACAUUGUGAAGUACUCUCCUACCUUCAAACGGCCAAAGUCAGGUUAACAAAGACACACUGUUAUGAAGAUGCCAUUUUAUUUUGUUUCCUUUUCAGAUAAUUUUUUGUAACCAUGACAAAUGUAAUACUUGAAUGUUGAGAUUAUUGAAGGGGAUCGGUUAGUUUUGAGGACAGAACUCUGGACUAUAGGAACUGAUGGUGUUACAAAAUGUCACAUAGAAUCGAACUACCAGUCGAGCCAGAGUUUUGAUCCCGACAGCAGGAACUUAAGUGGAUUAAGUUAUGUGUAGUUGCUACUGAUUUUGAUGUGAAGUCUGUCUGGAAAGACCAAAUUGAUCACUUGCAAGAUCACUUGGAGGUAAACAAAACUGACCUUUUGAGUUUAAAGUGAAACAGCAAAUGCAUUGUUUAUUUUAUUGUACACUGGCUUACCUACUAGACUACUGUAACUUAAAAAAUGUAAUGAUUGUGUGUGAAUGUUGCCUGCUGAUGUGGGUAGACUUCAGGGUGUGUAUGUGUGUGUGAGAGAGAUGGAGAGAGAGUGGUUGUGUGUGUGUGUAUAGAAACACAAUGAUGCCCAUGUUUUAUUCACCUAACUCCCUAACAGCCCUUAAAAAGCCUUAAGUGUUUGGUCCUUGGACUUUCCUUUGCAAAUGAGCAUGGUUUUGACGAAAACCCCAAACAAUAAGGUGAAGGAAGACAGUAAGGAUACACAGAAAUAGCAUUUCUUUUCUUCCUGAUCUUUUUAUUUUGAUGUUUUGUUGAAUAGACAGACAAUUGCUUAGAAAUUCUUUAUUACGGAAAAGCGAGAAAAGGAGUAAUAUUUUGUAAUUAUAUAUUUUAGCAAUGUGUAGUUACAGGGCUGUAACUUUUUUUUUUUUUUCAAGUUUCAAAGCUUCAGUUUGCAGUUGUGACUAUUUAUAAUACUUGAUUUGCUUGUUAUUUAAAUUUUAUUUUCUCCUUUGUUUCUUGUACUAUUGCUGUGAAAAGGAAGAAGGUCCACAAGCCUUUUUUUGUGUCAUUCUGUACUAGAGAUAAGAGGCGAGUGCGUGAGAGUUGUGCUACUCUUUUUGUAAUAUUGUAAUAAUAAAAUAAAGUUCUAAUUUAUGCUUUGA